UUGUACUUUUGACGGCUCCGAAGUUAGUUUGUUGUUUGAAACGUGUUCGUUUCAACUCGCACGAAGAGAUCUGUGUUAUUUUAACUGAAUCGUAACAACUGGGACUCGCUUGCCCUCCGUCCUUGCUCCGUUAAUAGCAGAGCCUCCGUUUGCUAUUAAGUUGAAUUCUCGGCCCAGCUGCUAAGUCCUAAAAUGCUCCGCCUGGGCCAAGCAGCCGCUGUGCUGCGAUUACUUUCUACGGAGGGCUGCUUGGGGACUGUAGGCAUCACCCCGAGAAGACCCGCGUCCGGAGAGAAGAAAAAAGAGAUCCUGUUACACGUGCAUGGCAAGGCAGACUGCGGAAUUGCAGAAAUUCAGAUGAACAGACCACAUGCCAGAAAUGCCCUGGGGAAAGUGUUUGUGGACGAACUAUAUGAAAUCCUUGAUGUUCUCCAUUUUGAUGAAAGUAUCCGUGCUGUAAUAGUCAAAAGCAAAGUAAAGGGUGUUUUUUGUGCUGGUGCCGACUUAAAAGAGCGAGCUCGAAUGAGUGAUGCUGAAGCUGACCAUUUUGUUCAGAGGCUCAGAAGUUUAAUGGACAACAUUGCUGCAUUACCAAUGCCGACUAUUGCUGCAAUCGAUGGUUAUGCCUUGGGUGGCGGCUUGGAAAUGGCCCUAGCUUGUGAUCUCCGAGUAGCAGCAUCGUCGGCUAAAAUGGGUUUAAUUGAAACUACCAGGGGACUUCUCCCUGGUGCAGGUGGAACACAGCGCUUAUCACGCUAUAUUGGCAUUGGCCUUGCCAAAGAGCUUAUUUUUACUGGCAGACAGAUUGAUGGCCAAGAGGCUUUCUCCAUGGGGCUACUUAAUCACGCAGUACCACAGAAUGAGGAAGGGGAUGCAGCAUACCAAAAGGCUUUGGUUUUAGCUGAAGAAAUAGUUCCUCAGGCUCCAAUAGCUGUGAGACUGGGUAAAUUGGCUAUAAACAAAGGGAUUGAG